AUGUCGGCUGCGAAGGACGCCAAGGCAGAGCGUGCGGCUGCAGCCACUGCAGCAGUCUUCUCCGUGGCCGAGCUACUGGAACACAUCAUCUUGGAUGUAGUUCAAGACACUACGCCUCAUCAUGCAUUGGGCCUAGGCGCGACUCUAUCACAGCUGACACAGGUCUCACACGACUUCCGCAGCAUCAUCUACGACUCUCCGAAGCUCGCACGCCUGGCCACAAAAACGUUGCGCAUCUCUGGACCCGUCUCGACUUACGACAGACUCGCCUGGUUGUUCGUCGAAAAGCUUGGGCUGCAGCUGACAGGACCCAUGCGCUACUGGCCACGCAAGGAGCAUUACCGGCUUACCCCACGGCCAGCGAGGUACUCGUGGCUACUUUGUAAGACGCACGAGCGCACAGCAAGAAUGCGAAGCUUUCGAGGAGGCGCCGGCAAUGCUUCAGCGUCGUGGCGUGACAUCAAGCUCACAUCAGGAGCAUUCGAGAUUUGCAUCGACAUCCCAGACGUGGCUUGCAACUACAGUCCACGGAGCGGCAGGCUCUUGGAGGAAGAGGGCACUAAGAACGUAGAGCUCGAGUUCGACACCGAGGCCACGUUGGGCGUGGCAUUCGACAAGUACUGCGAGAUCGUGGACAGGAGCAUGGAGGAUCGAGAGAUUGCUAGUGGUUUGAGGUGA